AUGGCGGGCGGCGCGGGCUGGGCGGGCGCGCCCGCGGCUCUGCUGCGCUCCGUGCGCCGCCUGCGCCAGGUGUUCGAGGUGUGCGGCCGCGACCCCGACGGCCUCCUGCGCGUGGAGCGCGUCGCGGCGCUCGGACUGCGCUUCGGCCAGGGCGAGGAGGUAGAAAAACUUGUAAAAUAUUUGGAUCCCAAUGACCUGGGGAGAAUCAACUUCAAAGACUUCUGCCGGGGGGUGUUCGCCAUGAAAGGGUGUGAGGAGCUGCUGAAGGAUGUGCUGUCCAUGGAGAGUGCGGGGACACCGCCAUGUGCACCAGAGAUCCCAGACUGUGUGGAGCAGGGCAGCGAGGUCCCAGGCCCCACUUUCAUUGAUGGCGAGCUCAUCCCCAGGGAGCCCAGCUUCUUUCCCGAGGACGAGGAGGAGGCUAUGACGCUGGCCCCGCCUGAGGGCCCCCAGGAAUCAGACAUGGAGAGCACCCAGAGCUUGGAGGGGUCUGUGGAAGAGAAGGAGGGGUUUGGAGGCCUGUUUCUGCCAGAGGACAAGUCUCUGGUCCACGCUCCGUCCAUGACGACGUCAGACUUGUCUACACACUCUACCACCUCCCUCAUCAGCAAUGAGGAGCAAUUUGAAGAUUAUGGAGAGGGGGAUGACGUGGACUGUGCCCCCAGCAGCCCCUGCCCCGACGAUGAGACCAGGACAAAUGUCUACUCAGACCUGGGGUCUUCAGUGUCUUCCAGUGCGGGGCAGACACCUAGGAAAAUGCGGCACACGUACAACACUGAAUUGCUGGAUGUUUACUGCUCUCAGUGCUGCAAGAAAAUCAACCUGCUGAAUGACUUGGAAGCCCGGCUGAAAAACCUGAAGGCCAACAGCCCCAACAGAAAGAUCUCUAGCACGGCCUUUGGAAGGCAGCUCAUGCACAACAGCAACUUCAGCAGCAGUAACGGCAGCACUGAAGACCUGUUCCGGGACAGCAUUGACUCCUGUGACAACGACAUCACAGAGAAGGUGAGCUUCCUGGAAAAAAAGGUGACAGAGCUGGAGAAUGACAGCCUGACCAAUGGGGACCUGAAGAGCAAGCUGAAGCAGGAGAACACGCAGCUGGUGCACAGGGUGCAUGAGCUGGAGGAGAUGGUGAAGGAUCAGGAGACCACGGCGGAGCAGGCGCUGGAGGAGGAGGCCCGGCGACACCGCGAGGCCUACAGCAAGCUGGAAAGGGAGAAGAGCACCGAGGUCGAGCUGCUGAACUCCAGGGUGCAGCAAUUAGAGGAAGAAAAUACUGAUCUUAGAACAUCAGUGACUCGGCUCAAGUCGCAAACAGAGAAGCUGGAUGAGGAGCGGCAGCGCAUGUCUGACCGGCUGGAGGACACCAGCCUGCGGCUCAAGGAUGAGAUGGACCUGUACAAACGCAUGAUGGACAAGCUGCGGCAGAACCGCCUCGAGUUCCAGAAGGAGAGGGAGGCGACUCAGGAGCUCAUCGAGGACUUGCGGAAGGAGCUGGAGCACCUCCAGAUGUACAAGCUGGACUGUGAGAGGCCAGGCAGGGGCCGCGGCACAUCAUCCGGUCUGGGCGAGUUCAAUGCCAGGGCCCGUGAGGUGGAGCUCGAGCAUGAGAUCAAGCGGCUCAAGCAGGAGAAUCAUAAGCUGCGGGAUCAGAAUGAUGACUUGAACGGACAGAUCUUGAGCCUCAGCCUCUACGAAGCUAAGAACCUCUUUGCCACCCAGACCAAAGCCCAGUCUCUGGCUGCGGAAAUAGACACAGCCUCCCGUGAUGAGCUAGUGGAAGCCCUGAAGGAGCAGGAAGAGAUCAACUUCCGGCUGAGGCAGUACAUGGACAAGAUUAUCCUCGCGAUCCUCGACCACAACCCCUCCAUCCUCGAGAUCAAACACUGA